AACCAAACAAUUGAAAUUGUUAUAUAAAAUUGUCAAAAUUUUUGUUAAAAGUCAUUAUGUAAAAAAGUUCGUGUUCAAUUCAAAAUUUUAGUAUGUCAUCCUCACGAUCCAGAAAAAGUUCUCGUUCAGGAUGUUUAAGAAUAAGACCUGCCACGUAUUGUAGAUUAUAUGGUGCAAAAAAGAAAAUUUCAAGACGAAAGUCCCGGUCGCGUAGAUUAAAAAGGGGUGGCAGAAGUCGUAGUCGUGCAAGACGUCGCACUAGAAGCCGAGCAAGGCGAGGCAAGUCCAGAAGAAGAGGUCGAUCAAGACGAAGAGCAGCUCGCAGAAAAUCUAGGGGACGUCGUUCUAGACGAAGCAGACGAUCGAGACGAGGCGGCAAAAGGGGUAAAAGUAAACGAGGAAAAUGCUCCAGACCAGGUCCUAUAACACACAAUCCAUUCUUCAACUUUUUACGAAUAUUCAGGCGUCAACACUGUGGAAAGCCUGUUCACAAGAUAGCUGAAGAAGCCGCCAAGAGGUGGUGCCAAAUGAAACAGGAAGAUAGGAAGAGAUUUUACAGGGAAGCUUGUACAAAAAUUAAGAAGAAGAUCAGAAGUAAGAAAAAAGGACGAGGACGGAAAAGAAGUGGUAGAAGAGGGGGCGGAAAAGGCAGAAGAGGCAAAAGUAGAUGUGGUGGAAGGUGUGGGCGUUGAAGCAUCGUCGUUUGAACGAACGUGAGGGUCUUGUUAAUGUUUUUUUUUAUUUUAUUGUGUAUUGUAUAUGACACAAAAUAUAUAUUUUCAACUCAAAA